AUGAACAAUUCACAGUUUCGAAGACUGUUGGUCGAGACACCAAAAUCUCAGGACGAUGGCAAGGGCAAGUCUCCUGCGGCAGGGAUCCCGAGGGCGGUGCUGGGUGCGCGCAAGCACUCCAGCAUACCAAUGACGCCUCGUCAGGUAGGCAGAGGCUCAGUCCAGGCAGACUUUUCGCGACAACUCGCUGAACGCAACGCCAAAAACAACCCCCAGAAGAAGGCCAGAGCCUCGGCGCCAAAAGGGACGAAACUCGCCGCAGGCUAUACCGACCGUACCAAGGAGCGCACUGAUGACGAAAACAACGAGAUAGAAAAACGUAUCAAGAACCUCGAAGAGUCUAUGAAGCUUGGUGAAAUCGACCGUGAGACUUUCGAGAAGAUGGUACAGGAGAUUACAGGCGGUGAUGUUGGCACUACGCAUUUGGUCAAAGGACUGGACAGGAAGCUGCUUGAGAGAGUUAGAAGGGGUGAGGAUGUUUUGGCUGAAAAGGACAAAAAGGAAGAGGAGAAGGAAGAAGAACAAGCAGAAGAAGUACCAGAAGUUGAGGAUGCUUUCGACGAGCUGGCUGAGGCUGAGAUUGGGCCCAUCGCACGCGAAAAGGCAGAAAAAAAGGGUGAGAAGAUGAGGACACCACCCCCGGUCGCUGGUGUGAAGCGGAGCCGUAAUGACAUCUUGAAGGAGCUCAAGAGGCAGCGGGAGGAAGCAGCCGCGGCGGCAGCAGCAGAGCACGAGAAGAGGUUCCCUACCCUAGGACCGGGUUUCCGCAAAAUCAACCCCAAUGGCGAGACACAUCGUAUCGAGACGGACGACAAGGGCCGCGAAGUCCUAAUCAUAACUGGUCCAGAUGGCAGGGAGAAGAGGAAAGUCAAGAAGCAGAAGGUUGAAGAGCCCGUACCUGAAGUGCGUCACGACCUGGAUGAUGCAGCCAAGCCAAUCAAUAUGCACAACUUGCCAGAGCCGAAGAAGGACGAGUCUGAAGAUGAUGACAUAUUUGCAGGAGUCGGAUCAAAUUAUAAUCCGCUUGCGAAUCUCGCCGACUCAGACGACGACUCGGAUGAGGAAGAAGCGAAGGCGGUAUCCUCUGCGCCGAAGGUUGAUGAUGGAGAGCAGCCAUCAGAAGGCGAGGUUUCGUCUUCGGAGUCAGGAGAGGAUAUCCCAGAGAAGGCCAAAGACACUGCGCCCGCUGUACCCGCUGUACCCGUCAAACGAGAUUACUUCAAGUCUACCACUCUCAGUACCGAUACCAAAGAGCCCUCCAACCUUUCCGCUGCCGACGCCACUGUUCGCGCCGCCCUCGCCAAGGUCCGCAACCUCGACGAGAACUCAACACUGCUACAAAACUUGGGAUCUACAGAUGCAGACGACCCCCAAUCGAAAGAAGCACGGCUCAAAAAGCGCGCCCUCGAAUUGGCGGCGUCAGAUCGGGAUAUGGAAGAUAUGGAUUUGGGCUUUGGUGCGUCACGAUUCGACGAUGCUGACGAGAUGGAGAGAGAGGGUGAGAAGAUCAAGUUUAGUCAGUGGAAGGGACUGGGAGCAGAAGGUGACGACGACGAAGGCGAAGAUGGGAAAGGACCGAAGAAACAGCGGAAACGCGGGGGUAAGAAGAGAAAGGGGGAUAAGAAUAACGCGGAGGAUGUUCUUAACGUGAUGGAGAGGCAGAAGGAAAAGAAGGCAAAGCCACUUGGCUGA